AUGAUUAACAGAAUUCCGAGACAAAUGUUUGUUAUCGCCAUUGUAGCGACUGUUUUAAUGGCUACAAAUAUGGCACAAGCGCGUCAGGCGAUUACCGAUGGGCUGGUGAGUUACUGGUCCUUUAAUAAGGAUUCAGUCGCAGAUAAAACGGUUAAAGACAUUUUCGGUGCCAGCGAUGGAACCAUGGACGGGAAUGUCGAGGUUGUUGACGGUAAAGUCGGUGAGGCACUCAAGUUUAGUGGGGGCCAUGUUGAUUGUGGGGCGGGUAAGGAUUUAACCGACAUUGGCGAUCAGGUUACAUUGGAGAUGUGGAUAAAACCUGAAAAAGCGGGCUGGGCGAUUAUCGCCGGCAUAUCGAGGUCAGGAAAUAAUUCUUAUGUGAUUGCGUGGUCAGACCAAACUCGGGUUGAUUUUAAUCUCUGGAACGGUGUUUUAGAGACGUGGCCCUUUCACAGCGUCGGUCAGCCCGACGUAAAUAAAUGGCAUCAUGUCGCUGGCGUUUACGACGGUUCCGAAGCCAUUAUUUAUGUCAAUGGUGAAGUGGAUAAUGAGAAAGAAUUCGAGGGUGUUCUCAAACAUAAUGGAGAGAAUUUUUGGAUGGGUGCCAGAAAAUCGGAUGGACUUCCUUACAACGGCCUUCUUGAUGAACUUCGCCUCUACAACCGAGGUCUCAGUCAAGAGGAGAUUGAAAACAAUCUUGAGGCGGAAGGACUGGCUGUUCAACCUGCCCAGAAAUUGGCACUCACCUGGGGAACAAUAAAGGUUUCAAGGUAA